UUUAUUUUGUGUAACAUUUGUAAUGUUCAGUUAUAGUUAUGAUGCGACAUUAUCCGGUACAAAUCAUGAAGAAAUAUGUGUUGAUCUAUAUUUUUCUAGGAUUAAUAAUGCGCAUAUCAUGUCAAACGAGAAUAGAUACUCCAACCAAGGAUAAGUGUUAUCUAACAGAUAUCAAAUUUUUAAACUACGAAAGGUGUACAGGUGUAGAUUUUGGUGGUAAGAGAGUAAAUCAUCAAGGAUCAUGUAUCACAGAAGAAAACAAGGUUAUCGAGUGCAUACAUGGUCAUUGGUCCGGUACCGGAAGCUCUGUCGGACCAUUACGUAGAGAAAAACGAUUUUGGGGUGUUGUGAUCGGUUUUGUUGGAUGUCUUAUUUUAUGUGGUAAUGGUGGUGGCGGCGGCGGCGGUGGUAGACAAACACCGAUAUCACAUCCUCCUUCAUUUUCCCAGCCUUGUAGACCACGUGAUCUGCAAGAAAAUUAUAACAUUGGUACUGGACAGAAUAAUGUGAUAGUAAACUGGACCGUGCCUUCAGCAACAGACGAGGAUAACGAUAUUCCUAGGGUUGUUCAAGUUGCUGGUGGUGAGAACGGAGGACGGUUUGACGGCGCCAUAUCUGGAAAGACACAUUCUAUCAUUUACAAAGCAACAGACUCAGAAGGUCUGACAGACCAUUGUUAUUUUAACUUUACAGUCACUGUAUUGACCUGCGAUACCCUACCUUGGUUUGCAAAUGGAAAAAGAUAUUGUGACAACAAGAACAUACUAGGAAGCUCGUGUCAAUACACAUGCAACAUCGGGUACAUGCUAAACGGAAAUGAUACAGUCGUGUGUGAAAAUGAAGCAGAUCCUUCUUGGUCGGCGAUUCCUAUCUGUGAAAAGAUCAUGUGCAGUGCUCCACAGUUGCCUGAGCAUGCCACAGUUCAGUGCUCGGAUCAAAACUACGGAUACCAGACGGUUUGUACAAUGGCAUGUGACAAUGGAUUUGCAUUAAUAGGAGCUUUUUAUAUACAGUGCCAGGCAAAUGGAUCUUGGUCCAAUAUUGCAAACUCAUUGUGUGUCGAUAACACACCACCAACUCUUUCCUGUUUAACUCCACAAAUAUUUUACGCCGACCGAGGUAAAACGUCAACGUUAGUUAAAUGGCAACUUCCGGAAGCGUUUGACAAAACAGAUGAACACCCUUCUAUAGUACAAACAGGUGGACCAAUAUGGGGGACAGAGCUUGAACGAGGAACUGAAGUUGUAAAAUAUACAGCAGUUGAUGUUAAUGGAAACAAAUCGCCCGAAUGUUUAAUCGAACUUCGUAUUGAGGUAAUAAUGUGCGUGCAUCCUAUGGAUAAAUUUGAUGAUGCUUUCUUAAGAUUUGAUUGCUCAACACCACGGAUCGGUUAUAUCUACGGCACUUCAUGCAAUCUGUCAUGUAAUUCAAACUUGCCACUCAAUGGCUCGGAUGUCAUAACCUGCGAAGACAAUGGUAACUUCGAGGGCAAUUGGAGUAUCUCAGGGGGAGAACCAUUUUGUAGAGAAAUAUCUUGUCCUGAUAUGGACCCACCAAUUAACGGCGCAUUGGUUUAUGACACAGUGUUGACACGUCCUAUGCGUCAAUUGAUCUGUAAUGAAAAGUACGAUAUACCACCUAUGAGCAUACCUUUCAAUGGGAUUUUUUUCUGUACCGAUAAUGGGAACUGGGUCCCAUUGGAAAAGGUUCCGAAUUGUGUCGAGCCAAGAGAUCCAAGAUUUGUCAACCUACCUGCUGAGAUAUUUUACUAUGGUGGGAAAUGCGGAACAGAAGAAACAAUGGCGCAAAUAAAAUCGAAUUUCCAAGCUUUAAUUCAAACAAAUCUUGAUCCUUAUUUCGGAAUAAUUUGUCCACCUGGAUUAACUUGUAUCGCGAGAGAUAUUGUUAUCACAUGCGGGCCUAUUGAAAGCCGAAAGAAAAGAUCUCAGGCAUUUGGAGUUCUAAAACGCAAUCUACGAUCAACAAAAUGUAAUGUACCCUCAAAUAAUCACAUCAUUGCGAAGCGGAACGCCAAUACACAUUCGUUGAGAGUUAAAUUUAACAUUGUAACGUCAAUCAAUGAAACCAACACAUCAUUUCAAGAUACAAUUAAGUUAAUCAAUGAGGUUCAACUUCAAUUGUUAGUACCAGUAGUAAAUGACUUGCUUCAAAAUGGAACAUUUGACAUUGACAACUAUGUCCUUCAGUCCGACAAUGUAUCGACAGCGGAUUACGGAACUAAAACAUGCGAUGAUAGCUAUGUCCUGUACCAAUCAAAAUGCAAGCCCUGUUCAAUUGGCUACUUUUUCAAUAAAACAAGCAACGCGUGCGACGAGUGUCCGGUUGGGCAGUAUAGAGAUAACGAGAGCGAUAUUAACUGUUUGUCUUGUCCAGAUAAAUAUUCUACUCGGUACCCAGGUUCAACAUCCAGGAAAGACUGUCUCCAACUAUGUAUGCCGGGAGCCUACUCUCCAGAUACGUUCGAGACUUGCUCUUCGUGCAGACAUGGUUACUAUCAAGACGGGUAUGGGCAGACGACAUGCAAACAAUGUCCUGAUGGAACAACAACAGUAUCAACUAACAGCAGCUCCAGGAGCGAUUGCAAAAAUUUUGACGUUUUCCUCAAAAUAACAAAUGGCGAUGUUGCAGUAGCAGAAUUGUCUGAAACACUGACCAAUUUUACAUUCAUGUUUUGGACAACGAAUGUCGACAGACAAACCUCAAAUGCUUCAAUGACAAUAACAAGUGGUGGUUUGACUCUAAUCAACGUUCUUUGGAAUAAUUAUUUACGAGUUCAGAUCAAAUCAUUGUUAAAUGAAACUAUUGCCACCCAUAACAGUAGUAAAUGGAGUCACAUUGCAAUUUCGUGGGAUACAUCAAACUCCCAAGUAAGGUUAUAUUGUAAUGGAAAACUUGUAAAAUCUUCAACGUUGAACGCUUCUUCAAUAUCUUCAUUAAACCAAACUAGCACAUUGACAGUGACCUCCAACGGCAAAACAGGUAUUUUAUUGACUGGGUUGCAUCUGAUAAAAGGUGUGUUACCAGAAACUGCAAUAGCAUACCAAGGAAAGUCUUGUCAUACGUUGGAAACAAAUGAUCUUAUCAAUGAAGGAUCUUUUGUCGGUAUUGCCAGCCCGGGGAUAUCUCUAGUUGUUGAAUCAAGUUGCUAUGCAUAUGACGAAUGCCUUUUGUCCCCAUGCAACGGACAUAUCUGCACAAAUGGACUUAGCGGAUAUACAUGUACGUGUCAGAGAGGUUGGUCUGGAACCAAUUGUACGACACCACCAGAUUUUUGUAUCGAAAACGCGUGCCAAAACGCUGCCACGUGUGUGAGCGCAAGCACAAAUUACACAUGCAAUUGUGUUCCAGGAUACAGUGGACAUAUUUGCGAAAUUUCUCCAGUAAACGGUGGCUGGUCUGAUUGGUCAGAAUCCGUGUGUUCUAAGACAUGUGGAAGUGGCAUAAUAUACAGAACACGACAAUGUGAUAGCCCUACACCUGAUGUAUAUGGUGUUGAUUGUGUUGGAGCUGCAAUAGAAAUAAAAUCAUGUAACACACAACCUUGUCCAGUUUGCAAAGAGUUCAAUACAGCACUGGGAACUGUACUUAAAUGUUCUACCGACGACGAAACCGGAAGUAAAACUUGUACAAUGGAAUGUGAAGAUGGUAAAAUUCUUCCGCCCGGAUUGACAGACCUGCAUUCGUUCACCUGUGGUCCAAGCACCAACUAUGAAUGGGACAACUUUGAAAAUCCUCCCAGCUGUGUCGAUCCUAAAAGCCCGGAAAAUAUUCAUAUUACUGUGAAUGUGACAUACACAACGGAGAUUGGAGAAAACGCUAUAUCCGAAUUCAAGGAUCAUAUCAAUGACAAAAUAUCACAAGUACCAUGUUUUGACUCGGCUAACUGUGAGACAGACAUAGACAUUAACCAGUCGAUUAUGACGAUUUGGUUCAGUAUAAAUACAACAGGAGGUCAAGACCUUCAGUAUAAUGAUUUUAUUUCAACAGGAGAAUCAAAUGAUUUCCUACAAGAAGUAAUUGACGCAGUAAACUCUCUUGAACAAACUGGUAGGUAUAUUCAAAAUCACACAGACGAGCUGUUUGACGUCACGGUCAAUAAUACGAGGUACACCAUUGCGGAUGAGAAUCCAAUAAUUUACGCUGGUGUCUCAUGCACUGUUGGAUUUGUGGCUAUCGAUGGAAUAUGUGUUGAAUGUCCUGCAGGUACGUUUUAUUCCGGUGAAAAGUGUUCGUUUUGUCAACGGGGGAAAUACCAACCAAAAACGGGACAGUCGACAUGCAUUCCAUGCCCCCCUUUUCGGACAACGGAUGCAAUAGGAUCAACUGAUAGUUCUCAGUGCAAAUCAUAUGACGCAUGUUUGAUGUCUCCAUGUAACGGGCAUGUUUGUACAAAUAGACAAGACGGCUAUACAUGUACAUGUGACAAUGGCUGGUCUGGAACAAACUGUGACACACCGCCUGAUCGUUGUAUUAACAAUGCUUGUGUAAAUGGUGCAACAUGUAUAAGUCUGUCAACAAAUUACAUGUGUGAAUGCACACCUGGUUACAGCGGACAGUUUUGUGAAAUUUCUCCAAGUAUUUUUAAUGGAGGUUGGUCAGAAUGGUCAGAAACAAAAUGUUCCAAAACUUGUGGAACGGGUGUUAUAACAAGAACACGAAAAUGCGACAACCCUGUCCCAGACACAAAUGGUGCUGACUGUGUGGGUGAAGCAAUGGAGACAAUCACUUGUAAUACUCAAGACUGCAUAGAAACAAGCACGGUGUCCAACACGACGAAGCAAACAACAACACAAAGAGAAGGAAAGCCUGCUCCAGUUGAUGAGAAGACAGUGACGUUAUUAGUUGUAGGACCUGUGGUUGCUAUAAUUGUAAUUGCUCUGUCUGUAACUCUCGUACUUUGCAGGCGGUUUCGACAUAACACACGACAGGAAAAAUCAAAUGAAUUUCCUCAAAAUGAUUUUUUGUCGUCGUCACUUUCCAAAGAUUCAGAUAUUGGAAAAGGCUCUGAAGAAUUUAUUGAUAUCAAUGAGGAUCUGACUAAAUGUUCCAAUAUUUAGUACAAUUGCAUUUAUAAAAUGCGGCAUUGCUGUUAAUAUCACAUUUCUAACAACAAAUCUAUAUUUCUAUAGACAUAUAGAAUGUAAGGUUUCAUAUAACUGUAUAUAAUUUAAAACAUAAGCUAUUGGCUGACUUAAAACCACAUUAUAAACUUUGUUGUGAUGAUUAUUGUUAUAUUCGUUAUUAUCUUUAGUAUUGUAAAUAUAUUGUUUAUAUAUAUAGUUGUAUAUAUUAUGCAAUAUAUUGUAUUUUGAAAGAAGGCAUAAGGAAGUACUUGAAAAAUUAAAAAUGGAAAAAUCACUGAAUUUUCGUUAACGAGAUUUAAUUUGCAGGACUCAGUCGUUUAAAUGAACAUUUACAGCAGUUGGAUAGUUUGUUAGGAAACACUGUAUUCUGUUUUUAUACAAUUUAUUAUCGUUUAAUAUGAACUCCGUCAAAUACACGCUUUAUUUACGCUUGAAUUAUAUUCAAUCAUGUACAAUAAUUAUGUUUGGUUGUAUAUUUAUACAAAAGAAUUGUUUGGUACAUAUAACGCCCUUGCACAUCAUACAAAUUCUAUUUUAGAAAUUUUGUAAAUACUCUUUUUGAAAAGAGAAUGACUAUUCAUAUCUGAUCAUUUAUAUUUUUUUUAUUUUAUUUUCAAUUUUUAAUAUUUUUAAUUGUUCAUUGAAAUUCAUUCAAUAUAAUACAUAGUAAAUUUACUACAUGUAUGUGAAAUAAGAAAAUAGUUAUUGUUGGAAUUCUUGCAAUGAACGUAUAACAUAUAAGAUAUAAUUCAGAAUUUUUUACGAGCAAAACUUGACAAUCUUAUAAGCUAGGUCCCGAAAUAUAUUGAAUAACUCAAAUAUGGUUAUUCCGCACGUGACUUGGACAUUUGAAGAAUGACAUCGCAGAGUACACAGAUAACAUCCACAAUGCAACGUUUGUUUAUGGGUACAAGGGAAAUUAUCUUUGUUCAAAUAUUGCGUCAUUUCAUCUCUUGAUACAAUUAUAUCUUUAUAAAUUUUGCCAAUAUA